AUUCUCUAAGUGUUGGUCGGAAGGGAUCGGUGUGGCUGUGCGGGAUCGCGCAGGAUCCAGAGCAAAGGGUGUCUCCAUGAACAACCUGAAUGACCCCCCAGGAUGGAACAUCAGGCCGGAUCAGCGAGAGGGAGGAGAUGGUAAUAAGUGGAAUUAUGCCCUCCUGGUGCCAAUGCUCGGCUUGGCUGCCUUUCGGUGGAUCUGGACCAGGGAGUCUCAGAGGCAAAUCCAGGAGGUGAAAGAGCGCUAUGACAAAGACAUGAAAUCGAUCACGGCGGACCUCGAAGGGAAGUACAGGGAGACCCUGAUCGAGAACCGGAGGACAGCGGCGCACCUGGAGCUGGAGCUGGAGAAAGAGCGCCACCGUGUCCGAGGCUACCGUCAGGCCCUGGUCUCCCAGAGCCAGCAGCUGCUGGAGGAGCGCAAGCAGCUCCAGCGAGACCGAGAGGCUCUGGAGACGGAGAAGGCCCGGCUCCUGAGGUCCGGCGUGGCAGCGGGGCUCUUCCGCAGCGUGCUGGAGAAGGAGAACGACUGGGAGCUGAGGGCCAUGACUGUCCUCAAGGAGUUCGAGGUCGAGCUGGUGGAGAGGCAGAGCGCCUACUGCAGCGUCCUCCUACCCCGAGACCGACGGCUGGAGAUGGAGAAGAACCUCCUGAUCAAAGCUGCCAAGGAGCCGCUGGCCGCCGAACUGAACAUGGAGGCCGACCUCGAGGACAUUUUCAAAAACGACCGGCACUGCGCAGACCUGAUGAACGUGGACAAGCGUAAGAACGGCAGCUUGAUGUGGCUGUACCUGAGGUACUGGCAGCUGCAGGUUACCCUACGGAAGCACAAGAGGGCUGAAGAGGCUCUGCUGAAAGCCCAGCCCCACCUGAGGUGAACUCACCGGCGCAGCAGGGAGAGCUCAGCGACGAGGGCUCAACCUCGGGCUGCUCCGGGAGUCGACGCAUCCAACCCGACGACGCUAAAAACGGAACCCGGAAAAGAAGCCAUUGCGAUGGACGUGAGAAGACCUUGAUAUUUUUUUCAUAGGAACGUCGUGUCAUGUAUUCCUGUGAAAUGUUAAGUGACGCUUUACCGUGACAGUGACCUGUUGUCAUUCAUUUGUAAACAAAGAUAAAGAUGCACUUAAUGUACUUGCACUGGAUGAUCUAUGUAUUUAGACAGAUUAAAAUUUCACAGCUCAGAAUCCAACCUCAGUUCAGAUUUUAUUGAUUUAUCAUAAAUGGCAGUGGCACGUAAGGCCCAAUCACGGCCGAAACUAGAUGGUACCAGUGUUGUAUUCCAAGAGAACACCGCGGAUUAUCAGUUCAUUACACUCAGCAUUAGCGAUGAUUUUUAUGAUGGCUGUAUACCUGUUCAGCUGUAAAUUAUAAAUAUAUUCCCUG